AUGCGCGUCUUCGCUGUCAUCUGGGCCAUUGGGUUCUUCUUGAAGGAAGCGCAAGCCUGGGGCUUCAGAAAUGGAAUAUUUCAUAACUCCAUAUGGCUGGGUAAAUCACGCUUUCUUUGUUACUUUGGGAGCACUAAAUCAUUAGGCUGCUUUUCAACAAGGAUUAAUUUCGGAAGUAACUUUUAUGCAUGCCAACAACUGCGAUUGGAAACAUUGGCGUUCUGUAAGGACGUUCUCCUGAAAGUUUUCUGUGUUUGUAUUUUACAAGAUGGUUGUGGAAUGUUCAGUUGUAAUGUUUAGCACAACUAUGCCACAUUGGAUCUUUCAAAAAGUUGGGUCGUUUGUACAAAGGCCUAUAAGAGGCGCCGGUUUCCCUUUGUUUCCAAAACUGAAUUUAAAAAAUCCUAAUUUAGGCUAAUUAUCGUUCCCAUAUGUCAGAAAAAGUAUUACUUAAUGUUCACUUUUCUAAAAGCGCUUUAUCUUCAACAGGCUAUUGAUAAUGUUGUAAACAUUUUGCAUUUUCCCUGAUAACACUUUGCCUAUGUCAUCUUUGCAGUUAUGUAACAUUAUUAAAUGGCACAUAUCACUGUGAUGUGUGUUUAGUUAAGGGGUACAGUUGGACACUGAUAUAUUUAUGACUGAACACUGCAUGAGGUUGACUUGCAAAUACACUACUUAAUUUUGUCUGAGGGACAAGAAACACACUUGAACAAGAAAGCAGUGCAAACUUCAGAACAUUCUUUCAGUGUUCAGUUUAGGGCAUAGCAAUGAAAGAACAAGGACAGAGUGCUAUAUCAGUUUGAAGACUCUUCACAUUUCUUGUGUAAAACAGAGACUGCUAUAACAUGUGCCCUUGAAACACUCAGUUUAUAGACCAGUGUGUUUAUUUUCUAAUAAUGUUAUAGUGCCCCAACCCAUUUUAAUGGAAUGUGUUGUAUAGGCUACUUCUGAUAGAGUUAAUGAGCUCGACUUGCCCAGACCUACACACAUCUGGAACACAAACUUAACUGCACUCUAAAAUGAAAAGGUUCCUGGAAUAUCUUUUAGGGGUUCUUCAAAUUGAAACUGUGGGGGAACCCCUAUAAGUUCUUCGACGAACCCUUUAAAAGGGUUCUUCAAAUAACCCCUUUUGAAGGAUCCUCAAAGAACCUUUUGAAGAGCCUUUUGGGGUUAAUUUUUUAACUACCCACCUCCCCUAUUAUUAUUAAUAAUACGCAUAACAAUAACAACAAUAACACAAUAUUUUAGUUGUCAGUGUUUAUUAUGAUUUUAGAGGCAAAGCAGAAUAAAAAAAUCAAAAUAUGAGGUAAACUCUCAGCAGAGCCCAAGUCCAAUGUGUAUAUCCUCUGGUGUGUUGAUAUUCUCCGUAUCCAUAGCCAGAAUGAUUUUGCAGUACAUGGUGAUCGAACAGGUUUCCUGUUAUAUUCAUCAGAGGUGUAGGGAGGGUGAAGUCUGUGAAUCCCAAAAGUUGUAAUUAUACAGAUGAUUAACAAAACAUGCACAUGACAGAAUUCAUACCUUGGGUUUUGUGGUAAAUGUGAAUGAAAAAAACUGGUUUGAUAAUGGUUUUCAUACACAUACCUUGUCCAUAAUGUAGAGGCCUAUGGGAUAUUCAUUGAAGAGGUAAGGGAAGAGGAUGGUAAAUGUGAUCAGCAUAACAUACCAAUUGACACACCUUUGUAUUCCUCCUCGUCUGUAUACCUACAGACACAAAAGUGAGCAGUUCAGUCAUCUGCACCCAAUACAGCUAGCCUUCAACAUAUUCUUAUAGCCUACAUAUUCUUACCUCUUUGUUGAUUGAUUUCAAUUUGAUAUCAAUUUCGAUCAUACAAGGGACAAACCAUACCUUCUAUUGAGGAGAUCUUUAAAUAUUUCAGUUAAGUGCCUGCACCUGCUGUCCUUUCAAAUUCAAAUCCAAAUGUUUCAGUUGGGCAGUUAGGUUCCUGCAAGAACCCACACCAACUAAGGAGGUUCCUCGAUGAACCCCACCUCCUAUGGGGUUCUUGGAAUAACCUUUUUGGGGGCAAUUUUCAGUGCCAAGAACCCAAAGGUUCUUCGAAGAACUUUGAGGAUCUUAGAAGAACCCUUGUUGAACCCCACAUUUUUAGAGUGUGCAUGUUUACAGUAAUAUGUCAUGUGACCCAAACCCCCUAUAUAAUUGGUUCUGCUAAUAGUGAGAUACACCACACUCUGGGCUUAUAAUGAGAACGAGGCACCACCUCACGAGGCACCUUGGAGGGACAGUUUGACUAGUAGGUGAAAACAUUGGUUUGUAGCUAAUUUGGAGUCCACUCCAAGUCCUACAAGGUCAUGCAUGCGUGAUAUCAAAACAGCCUCAAAGGAGGACUCCCCAUAGGGAAUGGCCACUGCCAACAGGGAGAUUACAAACACUACGCUUCUGUCAUAAGGCUUUCUAUCCAACCACAACAUGUUACAGAGUUGAAAGAUUUUGGCCUAUACACCGUGUGUUUAUUUUCUUCCGCUAUGGACUUUUUAGUCUGAAUGCCACUUUGCUUGUUCUAGCUCCCUGAGAAGGAUUCCUCCAAUCUUGUAAAACAUAAUAUUUUCCGCUUGUUUCCUGUUGCCUGGAUACGUAUCAUUUUAGUUGUCGCCUACACCUUAUUUUAGUUAUCCCCUACACCUUACCCGACACCCUAGACCCACUACAAUUUGCAUACCGCCCCUACAGAUCACCAUUGCACUGCACACUUCCCUAUCGUGUCUGGACAAGAGGAAUACCUAUGUAAGGAUGCUGUUCAUCGACUACAGCUCAGUCUUCAACACCAUAGUGCCCUCCAAGCUCAUCACUGAGCUCUGGUCCCUGGGUCUGAACCCUGCCCUGUGCAACUGGGUCCAGUUGCCCAGGUGGUGAAGGUAGGAAAUAACACCUUCGCUACACUGACCCUCAACACGGGGGGCCCCACAAGGGUGCGUGCCCAGCCCCCUGCUGUACUCCCUGUUCACCCAUGACUGCGUAGUCACGCACGUCUCCAACUCAAUCAUCAAGUUUGCAGACGACACAACAGUGGUAGUCCUGAUUAUUAACAACGACGAGACAGCCUACAGGGGGGAGGUAAGGAUUCUGGCAGAGUGGUGCCAGGAAAAUACCCUCUCCCUUAACGUCAACAAAACGAAGGAGCUGAUUGUGGACUUCAGAAGACAGCAGAGAGCACGCUCUCAUCCACAUUGACGGGGCCGCAGUGGAGAGGGUGAAAAGUUUCAAGUUCCUCGGCAUGCAUAUCACUGACAACAUGAAAUGGUCCAUCCACACAGACGGUGUGGUGAAGAAGGCGCAAGGAGGCUGAAGAAAUUCCGCUUGGCCCCUAAGACCCUCACAAACUUCUACAGGUGCACCAUUGAGAGCAUCCUGUCGAGCUGUAUCAUAGCCUGGUAUGGCAAUUGCACCAUCCACAACCGCAGGGCUCUCCAGAGGGUGGUUUGGUCAGCCCAAUGCAUCAACAGGGGCACACUGCCUGCCCUCCAGGACAUCUACAGCACCCGGUGUCACAGGAAGGCCAAGAAGAUCAUCAAGACCUCAGCCACCCGAGCCAUGGCCUGUUCACCCCGCGACCAUCUACAAGGCGGAGACAGUACAGGUGCAUCAAAGCUGGGACCGAGAGACUGUACUCUGCCCAGUACCCUGCCCUGAACCUAGUCACUGUUACUAGCUGGCUACCACCUGGUACUCUACCCUGCACCUCAGAGUUAACGUAAUCAAUGAACAUUGGUCACUUUAAUGAUGUUUACAUGCUGUUUUACCCACUUCAUAUGUAUAUACUGUAUUCUAGUUUUUUAUUUUAUUUCACCUUUAUUUAACCAGGUAAGCCAGUUGAGAACAAGUUCUCAUUUACAACUGCGACCUGGCUAAGAUAAAGCAAAGCAGUGCGAUUAAAAACAACAACACAGAGUUACAUAUGGGGUAAACAAAACAAAGUCAAAAAUAGAACAUAAAAUAUAUAUACAGUGUGUGCGAAUGUAGUAAGUUAUGGAGGUAAGGCAAUAAAUAGGCCAUAGUACAAAAUAGUUACAAUUUCGUAUUAACACUGGAAUGAUAGAUGUGCAAAAAAUGAUGUGCAAAUAGAGAUACUGGGGUGCAAAUUAGCAAAAUAAAUGACAAUAUGGGGAUGAGGUAGUUGGGUGGGCUAAUUUCAGAAUGGCUGUGUACAGGUGCAGUGAUCGGUAAGCUGCUCUGACAACUGAUGCUUAAAGUUAAUGAGGGAGAUGAGUGUCUCCAGCUUCAGAGAUUUUUGCAGUUCGUUCCAGUCAUUGGCAGCAGAGAACUGGAAGGAAUGGCGGCCAAAGGAGGUGUUUGCUUUGGGGAUGACCAGUGAGAUAUACCUGCUGGAGCGCAGACUAUGGGUGGGUGUUGCUAUGGUGACCAGUGAGCUAAGAUAAGACGGGGAUUUGCCUAGCAGUGAUUUAUAGAUGACCUGGAGCCAAUGGGUUUGGUGACGAAUAUGUAGUGAGGGCCAGCCAACAAGAGCGUACAGGUCACAAUGGUGGGUAGUAUAUGGGGCUUUGGUGACAAAACGGAUGGCACUGUGAUAGACUACAUCCAAUUUGCUGAGUAGAGUGUUGGAGGCUAUUUUGUAAAUUACAUCGCCGAAGUCAAGGAUAAGUAGGAUAGUCAGUUUUUUACGAGGGCAUGUUUGGCAGCAUGAGUGAAGGAGGCUUUGUUGCGAAAUAGGAAGCAGAUUCUAGAUCUAACUUUUGAUUUGGAGAUGCUUAAUGUGAGUCUGGAAGGAGAGUUUACAGUCUAACCAGACACCUAGGUAUUUGUAGUUGUCCACAUACUCUAGGUCAGACCCGCCGAGAGUAGUGAUUCUGGUUGGGUGAGCGGGUGCAAGCAGCGUUCGGUUGAAGAGCAUGCAUUUAGUUUUACUAGUGUUUAAGAGCAGUUGGAGGCUACGGAAGGAGUGUUGUAUGGCGUUGAAGCUCGUUUGGAGGUUUGUUAACACAGUGUCCAAUGAAGGGCCAGAUGUAUACAAAAUGGUGUCGUCCGCAUAGAGGUGGAUCCGAGCGUCACCAGCAGCAAGAGCGACAUUACAUUUACAUCAUUGAUAUACACAGAGAAUAGAGUUGGUCCGAGAAUUGAACCCUGUGGCACCCCCACAGAGACUGCCAGAGGUCUAGUCAAGGCUCAUCCUAUAUAACUACUGCUAUACACACCUUUUCUAUUCAUAUACUGUCUAUACAGUAUAUUUAUAUUCCGGAUUCUGAUGUUGCUCGUUCUGAUAUUUCUUGAUUCCUUUAUUUAUUAUACACUGCUCAAAAAAAUAAAGGGAACACUUAAACAACACAAUGUAACGCCAAGUCAAUCACACUUCUGUGAAAUCAAACUGUCCAAGCAACACUGAUUGACAAUACAUUUCACAUGCUGUUGUGCAAAUGGAAUAGACAACAGGUGGAAAUUAUAGGCAAUUAGCAAGACACCCCCAAUAAGGGCAUGACCGGUUUGGCGGUGGGUCAGUCAUGGUGUGGGGUGGCAUUUCUUUGGGGGGCCGCACAGCCCUCCAUGUGCUCGCCAGAGGUAGCCUGACUGCCAUUAGGUACCGAGAUGAGAUCCUCAGACCCCUUGUGAGACCAUAUGCUGGUGCGGUUGGCCCUGGUUUCCUCCUAAUGCAAGACAAUGCUAGACCUCAUGUGGCUGGAGUGUGUCAGCAGUUCCUGCAAGAGGAAGGCAUUGAUGCUAUGGACUGGCCUGCCCGUUCCCCAGACCUGAAUCCAAUUGAGCACAUCUGGGACAUCAUGUCUCGCUCCAUCCACCAAUGCCACGUUGCACCACAGACUGUCCAGGAGUUGGCGGAUGCUUUAGUCCAGGUCUGGGAGGAGAUCCCUCAGGAGUCCAUCCGCCACCUCAUCAGGAGCAUGCCCAAGCGUUGUAGGGAGGUCAUACAGGCACGUGGAGGCCACACACACUACUGAGCCUCAUUUUGACUUGUUUUAAGGACAUUACAUCAAAGUUGGAUCAGCCUGUAGUGUGGUUUUCCACUUUAAUUUUGAGGGUGACUCCAAAUCCAGACCUCCAUGGGUUGAUAAAUUUGAUUUCCAUUGAUAAUUUUUGUGUGAUUUUGUUGUCAGCACAUUCAACUAUGUAAAGAAAAAAGUAUUUAAUAAGAUUAUUUCAUUCAUUCAGAUCGAGGGUGUGUUAUUUUAGUGUUCCCUUUAUUUUUUUGAGCAGUGUAUAUUUUUUUGUGAGUAUUGUUAGGUAUUACUGCACUCUUGGAGCUAGAAACAUAAGCAUUUCACUGCACCUGCGAUGUGCAAUAAAUCAAAUUGUACGUUUUUUUUUUUUUCCUGGACAGAGCAAGCCGCUGGAGUCUACCACAGGGAAUCGCGUAAUGGGAGAUACCAGCUGACUUAUAAGGAAGCCAAGGCUGUGUGCAAAUACGAAGGAGGGAAACUUGCCACUUACGAUCAACUGGAGGCUGCUCGUCAGAUAGGUUUGCAAUGUAAUAACUCCCCCCCCCCCCCCCCCCCCCCCCCCUGGAAAAGACUGGAGGACCAUAACUCACAAGCAGCAAUAUGUUGCCAAUAGGAUUCUGUCAAUGACUUUCAACAUAAGCACUGGCAGUUCAUGAGUGAGCCCUGAGUUUACAAAAUGCCAUUACCACUGUUGAUUAACAACGCCUCACAGUUUGCCUAACAGCACAUAUAACCAGUUUAUAUUAGCCAACCAUGUGGUCACUAGUCUCACUGGUCAAGCAUUGGCAGGAAGAGAUGUGUUUAUCUUGCCUUUUUCCAUUAAAUCAAUUAAAUCAAACAAAGACGUCUUGCAACUACAGCUCCUACAGCCUGUUGCUCUGUGGGACUGCAGCCGGUCCCAAUUCGCUCGCUAUCACUUCCCCUUGGGCCUAACCCUUUGAUGUUUGCAGAUCUGAAGGGUAAAUAAGCAGUAUAAGGGCAUGGCGCUUCCACCAUAUUCCCUGCACUUUACAGCUCUACAAACAUCAAAGGGUUAGGACCAAGGGGUGGGUAGGGAAUUGGGCCGGCUGUAAUCAGAGACCUCUCAAGUAUUGUAAGAACGAUAACACCUGCCUAGCUGGGUAACGAUGCUGUUCCCAUGGAUGGCAGACAGAUUGAAGCCCGACCAGGCCCUGGGUCUCAGGAUCUGGUACUAGGAAACCACCACUCGUCUGGCCAUAGGGCAGCUCAGCUCUAACCACAGACAAUCAACCUAGGAGGCCUGAGUUUUUAUCUCUCCUGCCUUUCCUGACUGACUGUGGUCCACUGAUUGUGACUGGAGGCUUUUUAGAUAUAUUGGAGUUCAUUAUGCUUUACCCCCACCACCCACCAACCAUCCCCAUCUGCAUUCCCAUCUGUAAUUGCAGAUGCAAUGUCACUGGAAGUCACAUUUUUGACAGGGAUCAUAGCAUUUCCAAAGACUUGGUUUUGUUUUAAGGAUAUGACCAAGCCGAAUGGCUGGUGAUAAUCCCAUAUUCCCAUGGAUCUUCUGUAAGAGUGUUUUAUCUGUGGUACUAAGAUGGGUGCUAGCUCUAGAAACCAAGCUCUCUUAUGGUUUUACCAAUGUGACACUCUUUUUUUAGCCUGGAAGCAAUGUGAAACUUUCCGAUUGUUUACCAGGCUAACUCUUUGCCCCGCUGUCUUAGGUUUACAUGUGUGUGCGGCUGGAUGGUAUGACAAAGGACGUGUGGGCUACCCCAUCGUCAAAGCCGGUGCCAACUGUGGUUUCGGCAAGGUUGGCGUCAUCAACUACGGGUACAGGUUGAACAAGAGUGAGAGAUGGGACGUCUACUGCUACAACCCCAACUGUGAGUAGUAAAAACAUGACAAAUAGGUGGUUUAGGGAAUCCUCUGUGUGUUGGUUUAAUGGUUUAAUCGACCAUGAGUGUCCACCAUAUGAGAAGUGUGUGGUGUGGUUGAGUCAAACAGCCAUUGGUUUCUAAUGGCUGUUUGGGGGUGUGAAUAGUUGUGCACGCACACGUUUUUGUUUUUUUGUCUUAUUUCUUGUUUGUUUCACAAAACAUAUUUUGCCUCUUCAAAGUGGUAGGCAUGUUGUGCAACUCAAAUAAUACAAACCCCCAAAAAAUCCAUUUUAAUUCCAGGUUGUAAGGCAACAAAAGAGGAAUAUUUCACUUUCAGUUUCACUUACUUAGCUAGCAAAUGCAGCUAGCUAGUUUAGCCUACUGAAACACCCUGCUCAAACAGAGGGAUGCUAUGUUAGCUAGCUGGCUAUGACUUUCCAACACAACACUUGAACUCUUCCAAGUCAAGGUAAGCUUUUGGUAUUACUAAUUUAUUGCCACCGAGGCCAGCCCGUGUAACUGCUUACUGACUGCACACUAAUGUUACUGCAUGAUUGUAGGAGGUGUACUAACGCAUAAGUUCUAUUAGCUAUGCUGACUAUGACGUUACUUUAGCUAAUAUGGUGACAACAAUGUAGGCUGUGUGUAGUGGUUUGGCUUGGAAAAGUUUUUUAGCCUGGUCACAUACAGCUGUGUUGUGCAUUGAAGUCCACAAGCAAAGGGAAGAGGUGAGAGGAGGAGAGUGCAUAGAUGCGAGAAGGAAUACAACGUGGCUGCUAUGAAAGUAAACUAUAUUUACGCGUGAUUAGGGCUGUAUUCAUUCCGCCGAUUCUGUGAAAAACGUUUCUUAAACGGAAGCAAACAGGGAUAACCAUGCAUUAUCCAAUAUAAACUCUUGUUUGCAACUGUUGGACUAAUGAUUACACCCUAUAUCAGCUAGAUGCAGGCAAGAGUGUGCAAGGCGGUAUUGAAUGUCGCUGUGUGCACCCACGUUGGAAACUUUCAUUCAUAGGCUAGGUUGUAGCAACCUCAUUAUGGGUAUAGGGAAAAUGUGAGUAUCAUGUAGUAGCCUAAACCUAUCACUGUUACAUUGAGCUUGGUGAAUGGAAUAUGAAUGAGAGUCAUCCAAUAUGCUAUAAUAGAAAUAAGGUCAUGCUCAUUGUUACAAACCCCGUGGCUUUAAAAGUCUAGGGUGGAUGGAAAAGAGACCUGUAACAUAACUCGUCCAGUCUCCCGAGUGGCGCAGUGGUCUAAGGCACUGCAGAUGCAGUGCUAGCUGUGCCACUGUCGUAGCCGGCUGCGACCGGGAGACCCAUGGGGCGGCGCACAAUUGGCCCAGCGUUGUCCAGGGUAGGGGAGGGAAUGGCCGGCAGGGAUGUAGCUCAGUUGGUAGAACAUGGCGUUUGCAACACCAGGGUUGUGGGUUCGAUUCCCAUGGGGGGCCAGUAUGAAAAAUAUAAAAAUAAUGUAUGCACUCACUAACUGUAAGUCGUUCUGGAUAAGAGCGUCUGCUAAAUUACUUAAAUGUAUGUAAAAUGUAAAUUAGAAUCGUGACACGGAAACAGAACAAAAAUACACCGACAACCAUAAGCUACCAUCAAACACAAAAUGUUUAUUAUGAACACACGGUAAAGGUUUGGGAAAAAGGGCUGAGCAGGAUCCAAGAAAUGAAACAAUAGUGUAAAAAAAAAAAAAAACUGAUCUUGCCUGCCUCAAGAACCACUAAGCUACUGCUAACCAUACAAAAAUACAGUGGGUGGUCCACUCAGGUCUAACUAGUGUUUUUAGACAAUGUUCUUUCUACGGGUAAUGUAUGCCCAAGGGCAACUUGCUAAAUCCCCCUUUUCCCAGGAACACACAACAUAGUUACCAUAUAGAGUAACCAGCAAAUUAGUGAGUAAACUAAAAACAGUACACCACAGUAUCCAUACUCACAAACGAAAAGAGUCUCUGUCAGCAAACACAACUGACUGGCUUUUAAAACAAUAGGAUGUGUGAUGUGAGUGAAAAACCAGAAACAGGUGGUGCAAUGCAGAGGAAUAUCCACUGAUUGGUCCACCUCAGCAAUCAGCAGACAAACGGAUGUCGGACAGGUGGGACACCCCAACGACCACCAAUCAGGAACACGAAGGACACCUGUGAUUAGGGCAGAAGGAGAGGAAAAACACAAACACAUACAGGAUACCUGUAUCCGUAACACUCAUGAAAAGAAAUCGUCCUCCCUCAGCUUAAACGGCACUGACCGCCACUGAUGGAAUUAGUCCACUGCGCCACCAGGAUGGGGCUAGCAUGCCAUGUUUUUUACACAUACAAAGCUGUUCAUUUUAGUCUAUUCAAACAGACCCCAUUUCAAAGGAAACAAGCACUCAUAAAUAUCAGGUGUGGCCAAUAAGUGGGUGCGGCCAACACACCUGAACAGACUUAACAAGAUGGAGGCUAGAGAGAGUUUUGUUGAUGCUGAGAACGGAAUGUAUAUGUUUUUAAACACAAUUCUUAGAACGUUCUCUGAACAUUAAUAACGUUUUCUGGUGGUUUUUCUGGAAAGUUUUCUUAAAGUUCUCUGAACAAUUUGAGAACAUGACUUUAAAUGGAACCAUGAUGAAACCUGUAGGAAAUGUUAUGCUGAAGUACUGAAAUUCCCACAGAAGAACAUUGUUUCUUAACAUUCUCUGAACUAUUUGAGAACAUUCCCAAUGUCAAACCAGUUGGAGAACGUUCCUAGAACAUUGCCAAAAUGUUAAUAAAAGGUAACCAUGUUUUAACUAUCCUGCACCAUUCCCAGAAAGUUGUGGGAAGGUUGUAUGUAAAAUAGCCAUAGGACAGCCAUGCUCUCACCAAGCUCUAAGAAACAUUUGGAUCUCAGAACGUUAUUUACUAGCUGGGGCUGGACUGUUUAACGGUGUGUCAGCCUUAUGGAAUGGUGAGGCCGAUGUGGAUAAUUAUACAAGUCUGUGGGUGAGGCAAAUAAACACUUCAAGGUGUAAAGCCUAUUAGGGACAAACUGAAACCCUAAUGGCCCGAACAUCUCUAGCUGAUAUGUAAAUCUAAUACAUUUAUAGAUUGGAGCGGCAAAGCAACACUUUGAGGUGUAAAGCCAACAAGGAACACAGUCACUUAAUAUCCAAUGGCUGUUACUUGUCUCUGUAUGAUAUGAAAAUGUAAUACUUUAAGUAAUGUGGUAAGAAUCCAGUCUUUAAACUACCCAAUGGCUGUCGGGACAAUCCUUGUCCAGCAGGGAAACUAAAAAUACAAAUUGUUGCAUUAUUUGAGCUUUAUCAUUUACAUUUUUAAAUACUUUUUACCCUUGUCCGGAGCAAAGGAUUCCAAUUUCAAACUCUACAGAAAAGUGUUUAAAAUUCUAAAAACUGGCAAUAAUGAUUAUUAACUGAAAACGUAUCUUAUGUAGUUUCUUGCAAUAGCCCUAUGUGACUUUAAAGUCAAAAUUUCUCUCAAAAGGAUGUGUCCAGAGAUUUGGUCAACUCUGUCAGAUUUGUCUAAAAUGAAUCAGGAAUGAGCAGGGUCAGCUAUACCAUAAGGACCUCUUAUUCAUGUCCUCAUUACAUGUACAGUGGGGAAAAAAAGUAUUUAGUCAGCCACCGAUUGUGCAAGUUCUCCCACUUAAAAGGAUGAGAGAGGCCUGUAAUUUUCAUCAUGGGUACACGUCAACUAUGACAGACAAAUUGAGGAAAAAAAAUCCAGAAAAUCACAUUGUAGGAUUUUUAAUGAAUUUAUUUGCAAAUUAUGGUGGAAAAUAAGUAUUUGGUCACCUACAAACAAGCAAGAUUUCUGGCUCUCACAGACCUGUAACUUCUUAUUUAAGAGGCUCCUCUGUCCUCCACUCGUUACCUGUAUUAAUGGCACCUGUUUGAACUUGUUAUCUAUAAUAAUAAUAAUAAUAUGCCAUUUAGCAGACGCUUUUUAUCCAAAGCGACUUACAGUCAUGCGUGCAUACAUUUUUGUGUAUGGGUGGUCCCGGGGAUCGAACCCACUACCUUGGCGUUACAAGCGCCGUGCUCUACCAGCUGAGCUACAGAGGACCACAGUAUCAGUAUAAAAGACACCUGUCCACAACCUCAAACAGUCACACUCCAAACUCCACUAUGGCCAAGACCAAAGAGCUGUCAAAGGACACCAGAAACAAAAUUGUAGACCUGCACCAGGCUGGGAAGACUGAAUCUGCAAUAGGUAAGCAGCUUGGUUUGAAGAAAUCAUCUGUGGGAGCAAUUAUUAGGAAAUGGAAGACAUACAAGACCACUGAUAAUCUCCCUCGAUCUGGGGCUCCACGCAAGAUCUCACCUCGUGGGGUCAAAAUUAUCACAAGAACGGUGAGCAAAAAUCCCAGAACCACACGGGGGGACCUAGUGAAUGACCUGCAGAGAGCUGGGACCAAAGUAACAAAGCCUACCAUCAGUAACACACUACGCCGCCAGGGACUCAAAUCCUGCAGUGCAGACGUGUCCUCCUGCUUAAGCCAGUACAUGUCCAGGCCCGUCUGAAGUUUGCUAGAGUGCAUUUGGAUGAUCCAGAAGAGGAUUGGGAGAAUGUCAUAUGGUCAGAUGAAACCAAAAUAGAACUUUUUGGUAAAAACUCAACUCGUCGUGUUUGGAGGACAAAGAAUGCUGAGUUGCAUCCAAAGAACACCAUACCUACUGUGAAGCAUGGGGGUGGAAACAUCAUGCUUUGGGGCUGUUUUUCUGCAAAGGGACCAGGACGACUGAUCCGUGUAAAGGAAAGAAUGAAUGGGGCCAUGUAUCGUGAGAUUUUGAGUGAAAACCUUCUUCCAUCAGCAAGGGCAUUGAAGAUGAAACUUGGCUGGGUCUUUCAGCAUGACAAUGAUCCCAAACACACCGCCCGGGCAACGAAGGAGUGGCUUCGUAAGAAGCAUUUCAAGGUCCUGGAGUGGCCUAGCCAGUCUCCAGAUCUCAACCCCAUAGAAAAUCUUUGGAGGGAGUUGAAAGUCCGUGUUGCCCAGCGACAGCCCCAAAACAUCACUGCUCUAGAGGAGAUCUGCAUGGAGGAAUGGGCCAAAAUACCAGCAACAGUGUGUGAAGACUUACAGAAAACGUUUGACCUGUGUCAUUGCCAACAAAGGGUAUAUAACAAAGUAUUGAGAAACUUUUGUUAUUGACCAAAUACUUAUUUUCCACCAUAAUUUGCAAAUAAAUUCAUUAAAAAUCCUACAAUGUGAUUUUCUGGAAUUUCUUUUCUCAUUUUGUCUGUCAUAGUUGACGUGUACCUAUGAUGAAAAUUACAGGCCUCUCUCAUCUUUUUAAGUGGGAGAACUUGCACAAUUGGUGGCUGACUAAAUACUUUUUUCCCCCACUGUAGUGCAACAAGACCACUAAUGGUCUGGAAAGGUCUCUACAAACAAUAUUGGAAUCACCAUGGUCACAACCAUAAAUUGUCAGCUCCAUCUGCCUGAUAGAUUAAGAUAGAAUAUGAAUUUUGGUCCAAAUAUGUUACAUUUCAUUAGGUUUUAGAGUCCUAAAGCAACUGAGGAGAAACUAAAUUGCUACUGUGUAUACCACUUGAAUGAAUAAGAAGAAUUAUAUAUUUUUUGUCAACUCAAAACGGCUGUAUUGAGGCCUGUUUUCAUGGUGGAGAAUGAUAUAUGACCACACAGUGCAGGGGAGUUGGGAGUUGGCACCACGUGACGACUGUACUCAACAUGGAGGAGGUUGCCUCAUUGGAUGAGAUAGCUACCUUGAGUGAUACUGCCUGUGGCCCUGGUCAAAAAGUAGUGCACUACAAAGGGAAUAGGGUGCCAUUUGGGAAACCGGCACUAAUUUUCCCCCUAAUUGCCUGUGACUUUGAGGAUGUAUGGUUCACAUUUCACAAAUGAUGGUUGAAUUGCAUAAAAACAACUCUUAAUUACAUGAAUUUUCCUUCUACAAAUCCUAGAGAUCUAGGGGAGCUUUUUGAUUUCAUUUUCACCCAACUGCACAUGUGGAAUGAAUUGUGUUCAUUCAAAAGACAAAGAAGUCUUUCUUUCAAACUUUUCUUUUGUUGUAUUUUUUGUAUUUUACCCCCCUUUUUCACCCCAAUUGCGAUCUUGUCUCAUCGCUGCAACUCCCCAACAGGCUCGGGAUAGGCGAAGGUCGAGUCAUGCGUCCUCCGAAACAUGACCCGCCAAACUACGCUCCUUAACAUCCGCCCGCUUAACCCGGAAGCCAGCUGCACCAACGUGUCGGAGGAAACACUGUUCAACUGACGACCGAAUUCAGCCUGCAGGCGCCCGGCCCGCCACAAGCAGUCGCUAGAGCGCGAUCAGCCAAGUAAAGCCCCCCCGGCCAAACCCUCCCCUAACCCGGAUGACGCUGGGCCAAUUGUGCGUUGCCCUAUGGGACUUCCGGUCACAGCCGGAUAUGACACAGCCUAGGAUCGAACCUGGGUCUGUAGUGAAGCCUUAGACCGCUGCGCCACUCGGGAGGCCUCAAACUUUAUUUCUAACUUCAUUCAGUGGUCACAUCAGAGAGAACAACACAAGCCAAAACAAUUCCCAGAUUUUAAUUUAUCAUAAUGCAUUUACGUAUGAUGACAGCAAAUGUAAUACACAAUGAUAGUUUUUGCUGAAAUGUUUUGCUUAUAUUAUAUCAUUACUCUGGAGUCUAAAGCAACAGCCAGUGUGCAUAAGAUUAACUUUACUUUUAUCUAUGGACAUUACCCAUUACAAAGUCUUCUUUAAUCAGCUAAAGUAUUAAUCUAUCUCAUCUAAUAAAUAUAGCUAGCUUUUAUCUCUUCAGUAUAUUUCCUCAUCCUGUCUCCUCCUUCUCUCUCCUGGUCCACAGUGAAGGAAUGUGGAGGUACUCUGACAGACCAGCAGAGGAUCAUCCAGUCACCUGGUUACCCAGAGGAGUACCAGGAUGAGCAGAUCUGCUACUGGCACAUCCGCGUGCGCUAUGGACAGAGGAUACGUCUGCACUUCCUGGAGUUCGAUGUGGAGGAGGACACAGGCUGUCUAGCAGACUUUCUAGAGAUCUAUGACAGCUAUGACGACAUCUCUGGCUUCGCCGGAAGGUGAGGAUCCAGGUUUUGAUUGAAUGUGCCUUUGCAUUUAGUUUUAGUUUGUUGAGUUCACAUUGUAAUGGUUGAUUCAGGGUUGUUAGUCUUAUCCAAGAUGACAGGAAGUUUCAUUGUACUAAAUGUAUUGAUACUCACAUAGACUCACAAGACUCGUAAGACUCAUGUCUUUUCCCACAACAUACUGUCAUAACAUACAGUAGGCUACUGUCCUCUAGUGGAGUUUUGUCUGACCAUGUUGCUCUACUAUCAAGUAAAUAUAUGUAUUAUUUCCAGAUACUGUGGAGAUUAUUUACCAAAUGAUGUAAUAAGCACAGGUAUGCACAAACAAUUCCUAUUUUAUUGCCAUAUUAAAUACUUAUUAUUAUAGAUUUUUAAAAAGCUACAGUACAUUUCUGGCAUUGAUAACCCUUUUUUAAUCAUCAAUUGUUUAUUGAUUUCCGUUUCUCUCUCCCACAGGGAAUGUGAUGACACUAAAGUUCCUGUCCGAUGCGUCUGUAGUCGCAGGAGGCUUCCAGAUGGAGUACAUUGCUGUGAACGCUUCUCUCCUCCACUUCCAGAAUGACACCAGCUGUUGCUUCACCUGA